GAAAGAAAAACAUACGGUAGCAACAACGUACUUAAAGCUGUACGCAUCUACGUCAAACUACAUAACCCCAAUCCAUCCAUUUUUUUAUUACUAUUAACAAAAGAAUAUUAUUUUGCACUUCUGUUAUCUACAUUUGAUCCGUAAUAGUUAGUUAUAUAUAUGUGACACUACAUGCCUAUAACAUAUUGUAAACAACAACAAUAUGACGACCUUCCAAAGAAUAGGAAGAAGGCAACUUCACACAAUCAUCUCUCGAGAAACGAUCAGGCCCUGGUCUCCGACCCCUUCUCAUCUCCAAACUUUUAAUCUAUCUCCGAUUGAUCAAUUCGCCAUGAAAACAUAUCUGCCCUUCAUUUUCUUCUACCCGAAAAACGCCAAUUGCACUCUUACUCCCGACGACAAAGCCAGGGUGCUCAAAACAUCAUUGUCACACACGCUCACACAAUAUUAUCCCUUUGCCGGCAGGAUGACCACACCCAUAACACCUUACGUUAAUUGCAACGACCAUGGAGUCGAGUUUCUUGAAGCCCGAACCAACACGAACCUCAGCACGUUCCUAACUCGUAGGGAACAGGAUGAAACCCUUUACCAACUUUUUGCUAAUGAUCUGGCUUCUUACAAUUCUCCUCGUAACACGAGUCUUGUAGGGGUUCAACUCAAUCAUUUCGCGUGUGGUGGGGUGGGGUUGGCGGUUUCUAUGUCGCACAUCGUUAGUGAUGGAUCGACACUAGGUUCCUUCCUUAGUCAUUGGGCUGCAACGGCCCGUUUUGAUUUGAGUGACCACAAACAGGUGCAGCCCUUUAACCCUGUGUUCCUUCACUCCCCGCCUACCGACUCUAACACUGUUCAUUCCAAAGCUCGAGCUCUUGAUAUCGAUCACACCAAUUUGGCGUCAAGGAAAUUCGUGUUCACAAACUCAAAAUUAAUCGACCUUAAGAACAAGGUCGUGUGUGAGGCAGGCGGGUCUAUAAACAACCCUUCACGGGUCGAAGUAUUGACAUCUCUACUUUACAAAACUGCGGUGGCAGCAGCCACCGCAAAACGGGGCAACUUUAAACCGUCAUAUUUGUUCAUGAUGGUUAAUGCACGUGACAAAUUUUUGCAAAAGCUGCCCCCAACCACUUUUGGGAAUUUUGUGUCAGUUAUGUUGGUACGGACCAUGCAUACAAGUGAAACAUCAUUAAGUGAUGCGGUUGCGGAGAUGAAAAAACAAAAGUUACAACUUGAAGAAAUACAAAGUGUGCAACACUUGGCUGAAAAUUUAAAUUCGAUGCGAUCGAAAUUGAGCAAUCGAAAUUUGGAGAACGCUGCGGACGGGUUACACUGGUGUUCGAGCUUGUGCGGGUUUCCUAUAAACAAACUCGACUUCGGGUGGGGAAAGCCGGUGGGUACGACUCCUGCACUUAGAUCGUUACAUAGAAAUGGUUUUUUGUUGAUAGAUACACCGGAUGGUGAUGGAAUUGAGGCGUGGGUGUUGUUGGAUAAAGAACGCAUGGAGAUAUUCGAGAAUGACAAGGAGUUGCUUUCAUUUUGCAAUAUUAUCUAGAUUUGAUUGUACUUUUGUUUAUGUAAGAAAGGAGUUUUGUAUUUUUGGUUGUACGAUUGCACUUGUUUGAUUACUAAUAGAAACGGAACAAGAUCCUAAAGGUCAUGUUGGAUUAUUCAAAUAAAAUAGGAUAUAAAAAUACAUUCGUAAAAAUUUAUGGAUACAAUUGUUUUUCUAUGUGUUGUUAUACAUCACGGUCUAUUUAUAAGUGUCUAUUGAACGGAUACAU